CAUUAAAUAUCUUUAUAUAGAUACUGGUCUGGAAGUGGGAGCUGAGCUGGGCUGUUCGUGUCGUAUCUCAGGCCCAACAGCAACAAACCCCCUUAAGGAGGGAGCGGUUAAUGGUUAUGAACUUAUGUGGGUGGAAGCUAUACUACACGAACAUAGUUUACAGAAGUAGUAGUAACUAGUCAGUAGCAAUGGCUAUGAGGAAAUUGCUUCUGUUGUUGAAACCGUUCGACAUUUACCCAGUUUGGCAAACUGAAGGGCUUUCUCGCCUCACUAAUCCCCAGGAAUUGCAGGUAUUGCGUUACUUGGAAAACAGGCUUAAAGUGCACAAGGAUGCCAUAAACUUUUGCCAGGAUGUCUUACGGAAUAAGCCUGUUGAGUGGAAGCCUAUAUUUCGUAACGAAUUAUCAUACCCCAUUCGGAAUGUGGAUUUGGUUAUUACUAUUGGAGGUGAUGGCACUCUUUUACAGUCCAGCCAUUUCAUUGAUGAUUCUAUUCCAGUUCUAGGAGUAAAUUCUGACCCCACACAAGUUGAAGAGGUGGAAGAGUGCAGCAAUGAGUUUGAUGCUACUAGAAGCACAGGUUACCUUUGCGCGACAACCACCAACAAUUUUGAACAGGUUCUUGAUAGCAUCAUCGAUGGUCGAAGAGCUCCUUCUCAGUUGUCAAGGAUGUUAAUACGUGUAAACUCACAACAUCUAUCUUCAUAUGCCCUUAAUGACAUAUUAAUUGCACAUCCAUGUCCUGCAUCAGUGUCUCGGUUCUCCUUCAAAGUUAAAGGAAACAGCCAAUCAUUUUCCCCUAUGGUGCACUGUCGAUCAAGUGGUCUUAGAGUUUCAACAGCUGCUGGAUCAACAGCUGCAAUGCUCUCAGCAGGUGGAUUUCCUAUGCCUAUUCUAUCACAUGAUCUGCAAUAUAGGGUGAGAGAACCCAUUUCCCUUGGGGAAAUCUCAGGUUCAAUGCAUGGACUAGUAAACUCAGAUCAAUCCAUGGAUUUGAAGUGGUUUUGUAAAGAGGGCAUGAUAUACAUUGACGGCUCUCAUGUUUCCUACUCUAUUACAAAUGGGGAUACCAUCGAAUUAUCUUCCAAGGCCCCAUCACUGAAGGUCUUCUUGCCCCACCAUUUGUCACUUCAGACAACCGCCCAGAACACUGAGGCGUGAGGUUUUCUGUAUGCCCUUGACUUGGAAAUUUUGUACAUGCGAGCAGCGUAUGUCAAUAUAAUGAGAAUGUUUUUCCAGAUUUUGGUACUUGUACAAAGUAUCUUUUAUUGCAUAGAGAAAAUGCAAGAAUUUGAUACUUGACCUCUAAAAUAAUUGUCUUAGCCAUGUAAAGAAUUUGGAAAGAAAACUUACUGAAAAGCGAAACAAACUAAAAUUGCUAUUCUUUAUGACACGUUAGGUGGGUAGUAGUGAUAAAACUCCAAAAAUUUCAUAUAAAUUGAAUCUAUCCUCUUAUA